AUGACGAGCUGUGACCUCGUCCAAUCAGCUUCUGAGACGAGGCGCUGGGAUUUCCAUAUCUCCAUAUCUCCAGCUCUCCAGCUCUCCAGCUCUCCAGGUUUCCAGGUCUCCAGGUCUCCAGGUCUCCAGGUCUCCAGGUUUCCAGGUCUCCAGGUCUCAAGCUCUCCAGGUCUCCAGGUCUCAAGCUCUCCAGGUCUCCAGUGUCCAGCUCCAGAGGCGCUGGUUGGGACCCGGGUGAGUCCGACACCAUCAGAGCCUCAGAGAGGGGAGGCACCUGCCCACCAGGGGGCCCCUGAGAACCUGUCCACCGAUCUGAGCUCCAGCAGCGACGGAGGGGACAUGUCCUGCUGCGACCUCCUGUCUCUGGGCAGCGAGACGACCAGGAAGAGUGAAGACGACGACACAAGGAGUGUGACAGCCUCCUCCGUCACAUCUCUGUUCCACAGGGUGCAGCUGGACCCUCUGGAGAAGGCCUGGUUGAGGAGCUCGGCUCUGGGGAACACGGCGGCUCAGCGGCAGCUUCUCGCUCAGGAGCCCGGCCUCGUGCUGAAGAAGGACUUCAUCACAGUGAGUAGAUCUUCUUCUCUUCACCAUGAACAGUUUGUUACAAACUGACCCGAAGUAACAACGAGUCCGUCACCGCGAUGAAGAUCUGCCUCCUCGUGUUCAUCAGCUCCGUGCUCAGACAUCAGAGCAGCAAGUCAGUGACCUGCUGGUUGAGAUGAGCAGAGGAGACGGGGGGGUAUCGAUCCUAUUAGUUUAAAUCUGAAGCUGCAGACAGACGCUGAAGAUGACGAAGAUGACGAAGAGAUAUCCCAUCAGGCAAUGGGGCAGAUAAACCAUAACAGGACACUUAAUAAUAAGACUUUACACCUAAAGUAAAAACAGCUUCCUGUUUAAAACCAUCACCUCCUUGUGUUUGUUUGAGGUCACUGUGACCUUUGACCUCAGGGUGACAACAGUGCGGUCAUGGAGGCGUCUGAAAUCAACCUUUUAUCAAAUCAUAACAUGGAUGAGAAUCAUGAAGUGAUGUGAACAGAAUUUUAGAUGUUUGCAUGAUGUCAAAGUUUCCACACGUGUGUUUUGAUGUUGUUGACGUGUUCACAUGUUCGUCCUCUUCUGGCUCCUCCUCCUGGUGACGUCCUGUGUGACCUCAUCACACAUGA